CGUUCAGUAAUGAUACUAAAAAAGCGUGAAUAUAUAGAGACAAGUAACAAACAUAUCUUUUUGUGCAAAUCAUCUUGCGUGUAAUGAUUUAUUAUUAACAAUGAAUGUGCGAGAUAUUUAUGCUUCAACGAUUUUUAUACAUGAAAUUCAUGUGCUUAAUAAUAAUAUAAAACAUUGUAUAAGAAUGUAAAAAGAAUGAAAAACAUCACUUACAAUUAACGCAACAUAGUUUGUCGUAUAAUUAAAUAUAAAUAACAAAGGGAAUUGUCGAUUGUAUUCUUAUCAAGAAAUAUGCCAGAAUUAACUGAACUUGAUAAAGCUGCAAGCUCUGAACCUACUAAGGUUGAAGCUGCAGCAACUGGAUCUGGAACUGAUACAGAUUCAGAUGAUACUAUUCCAGAAUUGGAUGAUGCAGGUGCUGGUGGUACAGUUGGUUUCCCAGGAACAACUGUCACUGGUCUUCCUAUUGAUAUGGUUUCCAAAGCAAAACAAAGUCGAGGAGAGAAAAAGGCUAGGAAGCUUAUGAGCAAAUUAGGAUUAAAACCUGUUCAAGGAGUUAACAGAGUGACUAUUCGUAAAUCAAAAAAUAUUCUUUUUGUAAUUAAUAAACCUGAUGUGUUGAAAAAUCCAGCUUCAGAUACUUAUAUAGUAUUUGGCGAAGCUAAGAUUGAAGAUCUCAGUCAACAAGCUCAAGUUGCAGCAGCUGAGAAGUUCAAAGAACCACCAGUUAUUCCAGCAACUGAAGCUGGUGGUAGUACAACAGUUGUUGCACCAAUACAAGAGGAAUCAGAAGAGGAAGUUGAUGAAACGGGUGUUGAAGAAAAAGAUAUUGAUUUAGUAAUGUGUCAAGCCAAUGUGUCUCGAGGGAAAGCUAUUAAAGCUCUUAAAAAUAAUCAGAAUGAUAUUGUCAAUGCUAUUAUGGAGUUGACAAUGUGAUGAAGCUAUUUAAGAAUAGGUUGUGCUACAUCAUAGCUCGCACUGCGACAUCAUUUUAUUUUAUCAUCUGCGUCAUCGAGAAUAACUUCAUCUUUUUUUGUCUCAUUUUAUUAAAAGAAUUAAACUCAAAUAUUGAGAGGCCAGAGUUCGCAUGGAGACCAUGAUGCUUGUCUCAAAAAAUCUACAUGUAUAUAAAUAAUUCAUAUGAGAAAAAAAUAAAUACACUAAGGAUACUA